UAUGUGCACACCUAUUUAUGACAUUCUUGUUCAUACCUUAAAUCAGUACACUCUUUCCUUUUUUCAGUUAGUUGGUCUGUUCUAAAAAUUCCUUUUGCCAACUGUGGAACUAUUGAAUAAAAAAAGUGAAAUUCAUAUAUAAUUCUAGUGGAAGAGGCGGCGCGGAGCAUAUAUAUAGAGAAGAUGGCCGGAGGCGGCGGAGGAAGGUCACUGGAGCAAACUCCGACGUGGGCCGUCGCCGUUGUUUGCUUUGUUCUUGUUUCCGUUUCCAUCGUCAUCGAGUAUAUCAUCCAUUUAAUAGGAAAGUGGCUGAAGUCGAAACACAAAAGGGCUUUGUACGAAGCACUCGAGAAGGUCAAAUCAGAGUUGAUGCUGCUAGGGUUUAUAUCCUUGCUGCUGACAGUAGGGCAAAGCCCAAUCUCGGACAUAUGUAUAUCAGAGGAGGUGGGCGCCACGUGGCACCCAUGCAGCAAGAAACAAGAGAAAUAUUAUUACAAGGAUCCCGUCCUCGGAGACGAAAGCCGCCGGAAACUUCUUACCGCCGGCGGCGGCAGCUUACGGCGGAACUUGGCAGCUGCCGGAACUGAUAACUGCGCAGCCAAGGGUAAAGUGGCGUUUGUGUCUGCUGAUGCAAUCCAUCAGCUACAUAUUUUCAUAUUUGUUUUGGCUAUUUUUCAUGUCCUCUACUGCAUUCUUACCAUGGCCCUUGGAAGAGCUAAGAUGAGAAGAUGGAAGGCAUGGGAAAGAGAAACAAGAACAGCUGAAUACCAAUUCUCACACGAUCCGGAGAGAUUUAGGUUUGCAAGAGAAACAUCGUUUGGGAGAAGGCACUUGAGCUUCUGGAGCAAAACUCCCAUUUUGAUGUGGAUCGUUUGUUUUUUUAGGCAAUUCGUGAGAUCUGUUCCGAAAGUCGAUUAUUUGACUCUACGUCACGGAUUUAUCAUGGCACAUUUGGCACCACAAAGCCACGCCAAAUUUGAUUUUCAGAAGUAUAUCAAUCGGUCACUCGAAGAGGACUUCAAAGUUGUUGUCGGAAUUAGUCCCCCUAUCUGGUUUUUUGCCGUGCUGUUCCUACUUUUUAACACUCAUGGGUGGUAUUCGUAUCUAUGGCUGCCAUUCAUCCCAUUGAUUAUAAUAUUGCUGGUAGGGACGAAACUACAAGUGAUAAUAACGAAAAUGGGAUUAAGGAUUCAAGAGCGGGGCGAGGUGGUUAAGGGUGUGCCCGUGGUUCAACCCGGAGACGACCUUUUCUGGUUCAACCGCCCUCGUCUCAUUCUUUACCUCAUUAAUUUUGUACUUUUUCAGAACGCAUUUCAGUUGGCCUUCUUUGCCUGGACUUGGUACGAAUUUGGGUUAAAAUCUUGUUUCCAUGAAAAAGUUGAGGAUAUCAUAAUCAGAAUCUCAAUGGGGGUUAUCAUACAGAUCCUUUGCAGCUAUGUCACUCUCCCACUUUAUGCCCUUGUCACUCAGAUGGGAUCAUCGAUGAAACCGACGAUAUUCAACGAACGAGUGGCAGCGGCGCUAAAGAACUGGCACCACACCGCCAAGAAACACAUCAAGCAAGCCAAGCACCACCAACAUUCGGGGCCCACCACCCCGAUGUCGAGCCGGCCCGCCACCCCCUCCACCGGCAUGUCUCCGGUGCACCUGCUCCGCCACCACCGGAGCGAAACGGAGACAUUUGAAUCCCCGACAAAGUCACCAAACCAUGAUAUUGACGUGGACCGUUGGAUCACCGUGGGCCCGCCCCCACCCAAUAAUCACAUUGAGUUAGGUUUACUGGAGCGUGUGGCGGAGGAGCUCCAUCGCCAUGAGAUCACCGAUUCGCGCCACGUGGCGGCGCCACGUGAGCAGCACGAGAUCGAUGUUGAUGGCGGCUUAAUGAUGCCUAAGGACUUUUCGUUUGAUAAGAGAUCAGCUAGUAAAUAA